AUAGUUUAUAGGCGGGCGGAUAUUAUGCGACAUAUUCGUAUAAAACCGCCGCUCGAGCACCCCCGGCGUUCACAUAACGUUGGGACGCAUUGCACCGCACGCAAGAUGAAGUUUUUGGCCUUAGUUCUUCUCGCGUUAUGGCGCCAAGCUGAUGCCGGCAUCGUUCCUGUGUCGCCUUUGGGGUACGCGCGGCCUGCAUUCGCCCCGCUAGGCGUAGCACAUGGAUUGGCCCCGCUAGGCGUGGCACCAGGAUUGGCGCCGCUGGGCGUAGCACCGAGAUUGGCGCCCAUCGGAGUAGCACCUAGGGUCGCGGCAGUCGCCCCGGCUGUCGACGAAUACGACCCAAACCCGCAGUAUUCCUACGCCUACGAUAUUCAAGAUGCGCUUACUGGUGACUCAAAGAGCCAGCAGGAGUCGCGGUCCGGCGACGUGGUGCAGGGCUCGUACUCGCUGGUGGAGCCGGACGGCACGCGGCGCGUCGUGGAGUACACCGCCGACCCGCACAACGGCUUCAACGCCGUCGUGCACAAGGAGCCCCUCGGCGCCGCCGUCAAGGCCGUCGCCGCGCCUGCCUAUAUUCACUAGUCGAUUCAUCAUCCGAAAGCCGAACUUUCUUUAUCUGCCUCUCUAUCUAACGCUCUUGCAUAUUCGAGUGAUAUAGAGGUAGAUAGAUUAACGAACGUAGUGGUGCACGGUAGGCCACCAGUUCUAAAAGUCGCGCAAGGUGAUG